CAACAACAACAACAGCAAAAACAUCAACAACAACAACAACAACAACAACAACAACAACAACAACAACAACAACAACAACAACAACAACAACAACAACAACAACAACAACAACAACAACAACAACAACAACAACAACAACAACAACAACAACAACAACAACAACAACAACAACAACAACAACAACAACAACAACAACAACAACAACAACAACAACAACAACAACAACAACAACAACAACAACAACAACAACAACAACAACAACAACAACAACAACAACAACAACAACAACAACAACAACAACAACAACAACAACAACAACAACAACAACAACAACAACAACAACAACAACAACAACAACAACAACAACAACAACAACAACAACAACAACAACAACAACAACAACAACAACAACAACAACAACAACAACAACAACAACAACAACAACAACAACAACAACAACAACAACAACAACAACAACAACAACAACAACAACAACAACAACAACAACAACAACAACAACAACAACAACAACAACAACAACAACAACAACAA